AUGACAACAACAGCUACAAAUCAAUCAGCAACUCCGCAGGCUUUGCACAAGCUUCCUCAGGCACUAAGGUCCGGGUUUGCAUCGCGGCUGCGGCUUGACCAGACGAGUCUUUUCGUUUCCACAGUUCCAGUAACACGGUCAAACAAGCGCUCAUCGGCAGCCAUUUCGUAUGCAGAGAUUGACGAGGACUACGAUGAGGACGAGGACUCUGGUCGUGGGAGUGUACCAGGGACUCCACGACUGGUAAAUGGGUUGCUUAACGGAACUAACGGGGGGUCUGGGACUCCUGGGUCACCAGCUGGACGAGGAGGGUCUGGAGGAAGUGGGACGUAUUAUUCGCAACCGCUGGGAGACAAGCCAGAGACUAAAGCGUUUGUGAAUCCUGUGCAUGUUGCCAAGUUGCGGCACAUGCUACGGUACAAUGAUGUACAGCUUCGGGAGGCUGCAGGAAAUGAGGAGGUACUAGUUCCGAUUCGGUUGAAUCUGGAAUAUGACAACUUCCGAAUCUCAGAUUGUUUUCUGUGGAACCUGAAUGAAAAAGUAUUGACACCAGAGAUGUUUGCAAUUUCCUUGUGUCAGGAUUUAGAGCUGCCGAUUGCAGGAGGGCCUGGCGGGAUUGGUGCCUUGGGAGGCCCCGUGGUGGUGGAAACGUCCUCGAUACCUUCAACGCUGGCACAGUCGCUGGCACAUACCAACUAUGUGAAUCAGAUUGCAAGCACGAUCCAUACACAGCUUCAUGAGUAUACCACGUUUGCGAAUGUAAAGCUUCCCCAAGAAACAGGGUUCCAUGUGAUUAUUAGUUUGAGUGUGAAUCUCAAUAAGCAAGUGUAUGAGGAUAAGUUUGAAUGGGAUCUGAGCAACUCAUCGAGUCUAAAAGCAGAAGAGAGGAGUGGGGUUAGGGAUUCUGGACUGACUCCUUUGGAAUUUGCCAAAACUGUAGUACAAGACCUGGGGUUGAGUGGUGAGUUUUAUCCUGCGAUUGCUCAUGCGGUUUAUGAAAGUAUUUACCGGGUGAAGAAGGAAGCUCUGGACGGUCAUUUACCACCCCAAGAGGUGGAGAACUAUGCUGCGUUUGGACUGGAGGCUGGCUGGCGUGUUGAACAGGAGAUGCUGGGUGAAGAAUGGGCUCCAUCGGUGGAGACACUUUCUCAAGAGGAGAUUGAGAAGCGUGAGAUUGAACGUGAGCGCAAUAUUCGCCGACUUAAGCGUGAGUCUGCACGUAUGGGAGGAGCAGCUACAAGCUCAUUUGAUGGGUUUGUGGACGGAACAAUGUCUGGAGAAAAUUUUGGACGUGGUAAACGUCGUCGUCGUGGUGAAUCGCCUGCGUGGCAUUAG